AUGGAAUAUAGAUAUUUAGGAAACACUGGUUUGAAGGUAUCAGUUAUAUCAUUUGGUAAUUGGCUUAAUUCUAAUGAUUCAAGCUGGACACAAAGAACAAUUCAAUUAGUAAAAAAAGCUCAUUCAUUAGGUAUAAAUUUCUUUGAUACUGCAGAAGUUUAUGGUAAUGGAGAAGCUGAAAAAUAAAUGGGAUAAGCUAUUAAAGAGCUUAAUGUUGCUAGAGAAGAUUUAGUCAUUUCUACCAAAAUAUUUUGGAGUAAUAGAGAAGAUAAGCUAAAUAGAGUUGGUCUCUCCAGAAAGCAUAUCAUGGAAGGAGUUAAUAACUCUUUGAAAAGGUUAGAAUUAGACUAUGUAGACAUUGUUUUCUGUCACAGAUUUGAUAAAUAUACUCCUUUAGAGGAAACAUGCAAAGCUUUCCAUGAUAUAGUCACAGCUGGUAAGGCUCACUACUGGGGCACAUCUGAAUGGACUGCUGCUCAAAUUUUCGAAGCUUUGAUGAUUUGCGAACGUUUUAAUUUUACUAAACCUGUCGUUGAAUAACCUUAAUACAAUAUGAUAUUCAGAGAAAAGUUUGAAAAAGAAUAUGGAAGAUUAUUUGAUUUAUACAGAUAUGGCUCAACAGUUUGGUCUCCAUUAUUAGGUGGUAUUUUAACAGGUAAAUACAACGAUGGCAUUAAACCUGAUGAAUAAAGUAGAUUAACCACUUUUAGUGAUGUACCUGCUAUUUAAAAUUAACUUAGUAAUUACUUUGGAGAAGAAAACAAAGAAAAGUACACCCAUAUGUUGAAAGGAUUAGCUGAAAUAUCAAAAGAAAUAGGAUGUACUUAAGCUCAAUUAGCCAUGGCUUGGGUUAUUAAAAAUAAAGAUGUUUCCACUGCAAUAACAGGUGCUUCUAGACCUGAACAGCUUGAAGAUAUAGUAGGAUCUGUAAAUUAUAUCUCAAAAAUUACUCCUGAAAUCGAAGCUAGAAUCAACACUUUAACAGGAAAAAGACCUGAUGGUGAAAUGGACUUUAGACUCUUUUCAACCCUAGAACCUAGAAGAUGA